AGCGGUUUCCAUCCGACUGACACUUUUCCGCUGCACGAACGACUUCCCGGUUAGUAGAGAGAACGGACGCUUCGUUUUUUCGUGUAUAUUUUUCUUUCUUUCUUUCUUUCUUUCUUUCUUUCUCUAGCUUUUGUCAAAUAAAAGGAGCGACAGGCUGCGCAGCGAUUGUUCCCCUUUCUACCGUGCUGCUGAGUUGGCUCCUGUUAAGUGCUUCCUGGUUGGAGUCAGCCGCAGCCAUUUUGGAAUUUGGAGCGAGCGAGCGAGCGAGCGAGCAUUGAGCAACAACUAGCCGGCCGCCGUGCUUCUGGGAGCCGUCGAAGUUAGCCACCGCUACCCUUUGCACACAUCAUAUCACAUCUUCCCCCCCACAAGACGCUAACACACUGUUCAACAGCUCCACAAUGAAUCCAGAAUAUGACUAUUUAUUCAAACUGCUCCUGAUUGGUGACUCUGGUGUUGGAAAAUCUUGUCUCCUGCUCCGAUUUGCAGACGAUACAUACACAGAAAGCUACAUUAGCACAAUUGGUGUGGACUUCAAAAUACGGACCAUAGAACUUGAUGGAAAGACCAUUAAACUUCAGAUUUGGGAUACAGCAGGCCAAGAAAGGUUUCGUACGAUCACGUCCAGUUACUAUCGAGGCGCUCACGGUAUCAUUGUAGUGUAUGAUGUCACAGAUCAAGAAUCCUUCAAUAAUGUUAAACAAUGGCUACAGGAGAUUGACCGUUAUGCCAGUGAAAAUGUCAACAAGUUGUUGGUAGGCAACAAGUGUGACCUGACGACAAAGAAGGUGGUGGAUUACACAACAGCCAAGGAGUUUGCAGACUCUUUGGGCAUCCCCUUCUUGGAAACCAGUGCCAAGAACGCCACCAAUGUGGAGCAGGCCUUCAUGACCAUGGCUGCAGAGAUUAAAAAAAGAAUGGGCCCCGGCGCCGCGGCCGGCGGUGGCGAGAAGCCCAACAUGAAGCUGACGCCCGGAACCACCGUCAAGCCUUCAUCGGGCGGCUGCUGUUGAGCGCAAAAGCACAGCCCGUCCCGCUGGCGAUUGAUUCUACGCUCGGUCAGUCGGUAUGCCUGGCUGCCAUCUUCCUCUACCGCAACCUGACCGGGUAGGGAUGACAUGACAUGACAUGACAUGAAUCACAUGCUUAUGUGAGAACAAGAUGAAGUUGCCUGUAUUUCUACCAUAAUGUAGCACACUACCAAAAACAAAUAAAGCCUUCGUCUUGUCA